GUUGUAACAUGUCAUAAAUUAGCUUAAGGAACCCCAUUCAGUGAAACUCAUUGUGACUGACAAAGUUAUUUGGCUAGCAAACAGAUAAGCCUCAUUCGAGACUGUAAUCCAUUUAGGCUACUAGUAGUGGUGCUAGUAGUCCUUCAUAAACUGCGCCGUGUACAACACCAAGAGGUCUGCAGGAUGACCCAGUCGUCAGACCACAGAGUGCUGGCUCUGGGGGUCUUGACUUGUGCAACAGGGAUCAGUUUGGCCAUCAUGCUGUACCAGACCAGGAAGAGCAGACGGAGAGCCUCUUGGCCGAAACUCCACCUCAGUUCCAACGAUGAGGGUGGAGUGGGUGGGCUCGUGGUGGUGGACGGCUCUGUCGUCCAGGGGGGGCAGGCCGAGGUGCUGGAACGUCUCGGAGCACUGAUGCAAAGUGUGUCGGAGCUGAAGGAUGAGGUGCGGGCGCUAAAGGAUGCCCUCCCAAUGCUGCAGGACCAUGUGAGGGAUGAGCUGAGGGGGCGUGGCGGGCAGGUGGCUACUGUGCGUAGGGCCAGUCCCCUCCACCGGGCCAUGCCCUCUCGCAGGCGGAGAGUGGCAGGGGCCGCGGCAAGAGCCGAGGGUCAAAGUUCAGAAGAGGCAGAAAGCGAAGGGGGGUACAUGACAGCGUUGACAGAUUCUGAGGAAGGGGAGCAGAGCGAAGGAGAUCAGAGUGGGGAGGAAGAGGUUCCUGUGGAUGAGCUGUCUGUGCUCCUGGGGAGGGUUGAUGUUCUGCAUAAAGGGACAGAAGCCGACAAGAGAGAGUCUCUCGCUACGCUGCUGGAGAAGAAGGAAGAGUUUGGACGCAAUUCUCAGUUCUUAUGGCGAUUCAUUCGUGCCUACUCUGACCUUCAUGACAUCAGCUCCAACACAGAAGAGAAGAAAGCUAAUGCUGAAACUGGGAGGAAGGUUGGAGAGGAGGCUGUAACGAUGGACCCCACAUGUGCUGAAAUCCACCAGUGGUAUGCCAUCAUGUGUGGUAUCAUGGCAGAGUAUGAGACUGUCCAGAAUAGGAUAAAGAAUGGUUACAUCUUUAAGGAGCAUCUAGAUAAAGCCAUCGAGCUGAAGCCUCAGGAUCCCAUGUCCUACUACUUGCUGGGUCGUUGGUGUCAUGCGGUGGCCCAGUUGUCCUGGAUUGAGAGGAAGGUUGCAGCUACAUUGUUUGGGGAGCCUCCAAGUGCCACAGUCCAAGAUGCUCUGGAGUACUUCCUCAAGGUGGAGGAGCUCAGUCCCAAAUAUUCCAAACUCAACUAUGUGUUUUUAGCAAAGUGUUACAAAGACCUGGGUCAGAAAGGCCAGGCUAAGAAGAUGUGUGAAGCUGCAUGCUUAAUGGACACAGUCUCCAAAGAGGAUGAUGAGGCACAGAAGGAGCUGGACUUACUUCACCCAUCGCUAGGUUAAGGACUUUGAGGACCAAAGGCUAUAUGUAACUACCCACAAGACCCUGAACUUCCAUGCUCUUUAAGGGAACCAAAAGUCUGUCCUCAGUAGCAGUAUCCACAGGGACCCAUGUGACAGAGGGGGGACAGAAUAUUUGCAGGUGCACUCUGUGAGUGGAGGUGACUGAAUCAGCUGUGUGAAGGAUCACAUUAUGUACAGUCUCCAAACACAAAGGUCUAUCGCUGUUAUCUGGAACAAAGUUUACAAUGUCUCAUUUGUAUUCAUCUGGUUGUGCAGCAAACAAUAACAUACUUGGAGUUCCAGGUGACAUCUUUGAUCAGAAACUACAAUUACCUAUCAAGGGACCUUGAGGUAAAUUCCGGCACAUUAAAGCAUAAUCAAUUUUAUUAUGUAGCUAGAUCACAAUUCUAAUGGAAGGUUUUAACUGUCAUUUUACUGUUUCCAUGUUGGAGUCCCAUAUCAUAUCACCAACACAUAUGGAUGCAUAUCAAGCAAGACUGUAUGACAUUGAUUAUUGCACUGAUCUUACCUGCAUUGGCAUGCUCUACAGUGUGUUUUAUAGAUCCCAAAGUUCCUCUUAACUGUCUGGUUUUGACUAAAUUAUAUUCAAGUCUUCUUGUUCUUUCUCUUUCCAUGUCCUGUUUUUGUUUUGGCUGACAAAUAAUAACUAAACCACUUUAAACAUCAAUGCCCAAACAAGACUGCCACAAUGGCCACUAAAUUACCCAGUAUCCCCUAUCUCUGACAUCCUUUGAAACAUUGUCAUUUUUAGAAAACACCUGAAAAGACUUCAGGGUCAUAGCAAACUGUCUGUAGUGGAGCGACGGGUCUAGUACCCGUCUAGGGGAGAUCUAGACUUCUGGACGGUUUCAGUCUUAACUGAUAUCAUGGUGCUGUACCUUGUAUUCCAACAGCAUUCAUUGGCGUAGAAAUUGAUAGUGAUUUUGAUACGAUAUUUUUUUAUUUUAAACUUUGGAUAGUGGAUUAUGUAUGUCAGUUUAACGUUGAUAUCUUUUAGGAUUAUUUUCUGGUCAAAUAUAAUAUUUUGGUUAAUGGCUGCUGAUAAGUUAAGGUUGUAUAACCUUGAUGGUGUGCAUGAUGGUCCUCCAAUUUAACAUUAUGAAUGAUCAAAUGUCUUGCCCGCUGUUAUUUUUUCUGUUUCAGAAAAGGCAAUUGAUUUUGUUUUUGUCUUGACUUAUACUGUUUGUUGUGAAGUAAAUUAUCUUCAAAAUACAAAAAGGAUAUAAUAAUAUAAUCUAAUCAGUACACGAUGUAGAAAUACUACAUCACAGACACUACUACUCAAUGGCAGUGGUGUUUCUCCUUGCCAUUUAAGUCGAUAAAUAUGUGCAAUCCAGAUAUUUGUCGCAUGUGGUCAUUAAACAAAAUACAAUCCUUUUAACAACAGUUUCCAACUGUUUGUGUUUUAGCUGAUGAAUUGUCCACUUGAUUAAACCAAACCAACCAAAUAUUUAAACUGGCUUCAUACCAAAUGCAACAGAAAUGUGAGGAAUUUAAACAAGUUCUGACUUGAGAUGAAUGUUCAGUUUUAUUUAUAAGCCCACCUUACUUUUUUUGACAGUCAUUUGGAAGUUGUCAUUGGAUCAAAUCAAUUCCUAAUUCCCGCCAGUCUGUUCAUGUUGCAAGGUAUCUUUGGCAGAACCAUAGACACAAGUGUUUACUCAGAGCUAAAUUUGAAUCAGAAAGAUUCUUGUAAAGGUUUUUUGCCUCAUAUUUGGACCCAUUCCACUGUGACUAGUUUUUGUGUGUACUAGCUGCAUUAAAGUCAACUAUCACAGCAAAUGCUGGACUAUGAAUUCUAAGUUCUUGUGAACUUUCAGUUGUUCUUCAAAACUCAUUGUUUUUCUUCUGCUGCAGCUACUGAUAUCUGAAAAAUUGGGAAAUUAAAGAGACCAACACGGACAGGGCUUGUGAGCUUAGAGAGUGAAGUAUUGCUGACCUUUGAUGUAACAAAAUACAAUACUAAUUACUGUACCUUUUCAUAUUGUGUUGUAUGUGUACAGCCAGAGAUCUGGGUUUCCUUUGUGCCUGAGCUGGAGCUAGGACCAAAACCAACAUAAAACUGAAGAACCUGAGCUCUUUGCCCACCCUCAUUAUUCCAAAAGAGAACAAGAGAACAGGGGGAGUCCUCGUGAACCCCUGUGGCGGGGGCUAAGCAGGGCAUGACAAAUGCUGGCCAGUUGCCCGGGUUUAUCCCCAGGUCAAAAACAUGGGUAUAAGCAGAUUUCUAAAUGGGAAAAAUGUGCCAAUCUUGAAACAUUUGUUAAAAGUCAAUUUCAGUGUAUCAAUUGUGUGUCUGCCUUCACUAUAAAGUAUUUUUUGACAAAAUCUAAAAUCGCUGGCAGGACCUGUAACCUAGAGGUGAGGCCUACCAGGACCUUCAACCUAGAGGUGAGGCCUACCAGGACCUGUAAUCUAGUGGUGAGGCCUUCCAGGACCUGUAACCUAGUGGUUAGGCCUACCAGGACCUUCAACCUAGAGGUGAGGCCUACCAGGACCUGUAAUUUAGUGGUGAGGCCUUCCAGGACCUGUAACCUAGUGGUGAAGCCUACCAGGACCUGUAACCUAGUGGUGAGGCCUACCAGAACCUGUAUCCUAGUGGUGAGGCCUACCAGUUUGUGUAACCUUGAGUUGAGGCCAAGAAGGACCUGUUAACAAUAUACUUUAGUAACUACUGAUGGGGAUGACAUUGUCAGGCAACAUUCCGUGUUCAAUUCUCACGAGUGGCUUUAUCUCAAAUGUUCACAAAACUAAAGCUAGCCAGCUCCAAGGCUCACCAAGAUAAACAGUUAGAUAAACGUGGCAAAAGGUUUCUACUAAAUUCUUCAAAUUUUUCUUCCCACUUGCUCUGAUACUUACUAAAAUACACUGAUGCUGUGCUAAUUGAGGAUGUUCUUAAUUAUACUACCAAUCUUUCUUUGACUCUGUUGGGCAGUAUGUUUUAUACAGGAUGCUCUACUGCCAUAAAAUGCUGUUUUUCACAGUUACAAAUUAGAGAAUAAAAGUUAUUUAUUAAGUGUUGCUAUACAGUUUAAAACAAAAUAAACCUAUGUCAGUCUGUUCUGUAUAUAAAAAAAACAUAA